GAUUGCUUACCAACAGAUAGGUAAACAACAUUUCAAUUUUCCCAAGAAGCAAGGUUUAAUCGGUGUCAAUGAAUUUAAGAAAUAUGACUUCCAUUAACAGCCCCCAUUAUUCCUCUAACUAUGGUAAUGAUGAGUAUGAUUUCGAAGAAGAUAACGAUGAUUUAGAUGAAGAUGGAGACGCUGAUCAAGAUGAAUCUGAUGAAGAUACCGAAGAAGCCAGUGAAACUGAAAAUAGAAAAUUGGAACCAUCUAUAGAAGUUACUGAUAUAAAAGAACAGAUUUAUCUUGAGAAGCUGAACAACUUCAAAUCACAAUUACAGCAGCUAAUUGAUGGAACUUACCCCGAUUAUUUGAGGAAAGUUAAGAAACUGGAACUACAGUACAAAGAAAGAUUAAGGCUUAACCAGAUUUGGAGAGAACACCAGAUAGACAUUACAGAGAAGGAUUUCAUUGCAGAAAAGAAAGCUGCUACUAAAGAGCUAGAGGAAAAGGUUGUAGAAUUAAAAGAAAAUUUAAUUCAAGACAUGGAAGAGAAGAGAAAAAUCAUUGAGGCUGAAAGAGUCUCAAUGGAAUUAUCUGGUGAUUCUACCGAAUCCAAGCCUGCCAUGACUAGAAAACUUAGAAGAAGGCCAAAUGACCCUGCACCUAUUCCUGAAAAGCGCAGGGGCAAGCUAGCUUCUCUCCCUACAAAUAUUAAUUUUCUUUUGGAUGAAAAAGAAAUUGAAGCAGAUUUAAAAGCCAUCGCAAGAGGUGUCAAGCCAGGUUCCUCUGUCAGAAAACCAGCUAAUGGUCUGCAAUCAUUGGGUCCUAUAAUUCCUGACUCAACCAGUUCCCCAGAUAUAAGAAUUGAAGAUGGAAAACUCCUCUAUGAUAGAAAAUGGUUCCACCGUGGGCAAACAGUAUUUGUUGAAGGAAAAGACCUUCCUAAGUUUCCUGCCACCAUUUCAGCUAUUGGAUCAGAAGCAAUCUCCGUCAAGAAAACUAUUGACAACACAAAAAUUAGAAUCUACAUCAGUCAGCUGAUAAGGGGAAAAGUUACCAUCAAAAGAAGGGCCUCGUAACAAUUUUUUCAAAUGAUUUAAUUCCAAUAAAAAUUAUUAUUAAAGGGAAAGAAUUUGGCAAGCCGUUAGGGAAGUGUCUGAAUAAUAAUUGUAUUAUAGUUGUAAAUUAAGUGUAAAUACUGUCUAUUUGUAAAGAUUAUUUAUGUUUGUAAAUUUUAAAUAAGUUUUUAUGUUAAAACUUAAUGAGAAAGGAAAAUGAGCAUUUAGUGUAUAAAUGCAUUGAUAUUAUUUUACUUUAAAGAUUUAUUUUUCACCAAAUUUAUUGUUA